UGACGUCAAGGAAAAAUGCCUAUGGCGCCAUUGUGUUGUGGGGGUUUUCGCAAAAUUUGACAGAAAUCUUUACGGGAUAUAGUGCAAUAUUUCUUACCGAUUUUCUAUUUCAAGUUCAUUAUCCUCACAUUCCAUGCAAAACGGAUCAUCUGUUUCCUUGGCAGGCCUACCAAAAGUGCACUGAGCAAGACGGAUCCAGCAGUGAGUGUGUAAUGCGGCGGCGUCCCCGUGAAGGAGCCGAGUAGCCUCAUUGGACAGCCAUGUCCAAGCACUCGAGCCUCUUCUACACCUUCGAGGUUGGGGACACCAAAUUUACCAUACUGAGACGUUACCAGAACCUAAAGUCCAUUGGAUCUGGAGCACAGGGCAUCGUCUGUGCUGCGUACGACUCAGUGACGGGGCAGAAUGUAGCCAUCAAGAAACUGAGCCGUCCCUUCCAGAAUGUCACCCAUGCCAAGAGGGCCUACAGGGAGUUUAAGCUCAUGAAGCUUGUCAACCACAAAAAUAUCAUAGGUCUGUUAAAUGCGUUCACACCACAGAAGUCUCUAGAAGAAUUUCAAGAUGUGUACCUCGUGAUGGAAUUGAUGGACGCGAACUUGUGUCAGGUGAUUCAGAUGGACCUGGAUCACGAGCGCAUGUCCUACUUGCUGUACCAGAUGCUCUGCGGCAUCAAGCACCUGCACUCGGCUGGAAUCAUCCACAGGGACCUGAAACCAAGCAACAUAGUGGUGAAAUCAGAUUGUACGCUCAAGAUCCUGGACUUUGGUCUGGCACGCACUGCCGGUACCACUUUCAUGAUGACACCCUAUGUUGUGACACGCUACUAUCGCGCACCCGAAGUAAUCCUGGGCAUGGGAUAUAAAGAGAAUGUGGACAUCUGGUCCGUUGGCUGCAUCAUGGGAGAAAUGAUACGUGGAGCAGUCCUAUUUCCAGGAACUGAUCACAUUGACCAGUGGAACAAAAUAAUUGAGCAGCUGGGGACACCAUCGCAGGAAUUCAUGCGACGUCUACAGCCAACAGUACGUAAUUAUGUGGAAAACAGGCCUAGGUACACAGGAUACAGCUUCGACAAGCUCUUCCCAGAUGUGCUUUUCCCGAGCGACAGUCCAGAGCACAGCAGGCUUAAGGCGAGCCAGGCGCGAGACCUGCUGUCGCAAAUGCUGGUGAUUGAUCCGGAGAGGCGCAUCUCAGUGGACGACGCACUUUCUCAUCCUUACAUCAAUGUCUGGUACGACGAGGCAGAGGUCAAUGCCCCUGCCCCAGCCCCGUACGACCAUUCGGUAGACGAGCGAGAGCAUACAGUGGAGCAGUGGAAGGACCUCAUAUACAAGGAAGUGCUUGAGUAUGAACAGACGCACAAUAGCCUCGGGGUGGGAGGCCGAAAUAUGUCCUCCCUCCAUGGCUCCCAAGGUAAUCAAAAGAUGGUGCAAUAGAAGAGGAUGGUGAAAGUAGCAGCCUUCCUUCGGAGCAGUCCUCCUCCUCCAACAGGGCAGCCAAUCCGUACAACAGGAGGCGGUACCAGUCCUAGCUCUUUUUUCCUGUGUCUGUUCCAACCCUUCAGUUCAGGACCUGGUGCCCAAAAUGAUUGGUUAAAGUCGUUCAUGUGCCUGACACGGGACCGUCCCCGCAAAGUGUCCAGAGAGAGUCUUCUCACGUGGCAUUUCUGUGAGAAAUCUUUGCGACCCAUGUGCAGGGUGAUUUUUAGGGGUCAUACCAGCCUUGAACUGGAAGAGAGACGAUGCAGCUAUGGAACUUGCGUAUCUUUUCUUGGCAUGUUAGAAAAACUGAUUGGCACAGAAUAUGACACGAGAUGCACACAUCAGUCAGCGUGACAACGGACACUGUUUUUCUACUUUUUUUAACGUUUCCAUUUGAGCUGCUCCAUAAUACCUGUUCUGUUUUCAUUUUCUUCCGUUGUUGGGUUGUCUGUUAACAAGUACAAUUAGAUUGAUUAGUAAGGAAAUACUGGAGCGUGAUAAGUAGGCCCUUAUUUAUCUAUCGACUCCUGAAGGUCACCCUGUGUGCACAAGUCCAUGUAACUAUCGUUGUCAGAUAUUCCCUCCCUCUCUCCCUCAAUCACGGUCGUCUUAAAAGGAAAUCUCUCUCUGUGUACUUUUUACAUUGCAUUAUUUUGCAAUAACGAGGCAGGCAUUUGUGGCUGUUGUUUUCUUCUUGGCAGUGUUGCAAUAUUGAUUUUUUUCAUCCACAUUGCAGUUGUUUCACACAUUGCCGACAUCUUCAAAUCUGACGUGUCAGCCACCUUCUUUUUAUAAAUACUUAUAUAGGAAGUAAAUGCUAUAUGAGCUUACAGAUCUCGUUUAGUUUUGUUUUGUUAUUCAGAGGUAUAAUCUAGAUAAAAGCACGACUCCAGGUCUGCUUGUACAAACCUAGUCGUUGAGUUAUCAGUGAGUCAUUGUCUGGUGCUCUGUAUGUGUGCAUCUGUGAGGUUUAUUUUAUUUUUAUUUCAUUUUAUUUUCUAAUUUUCUAUUUUAUUUUUUAAAUGGUGAUCACCAUUAUACCUCCUCAAUGCUGACAUGCUGCUCAUUGUUAGUGAAAUCCCAGCAAUACGAUUUGCGCUAAAACUUUAGCAUUUUUUUACUCAUCAGUGUACCAGUUAAGAAAUGAGUAUAUGGUUUCCCUGCGGACCCGGUGUACCGGUUUGGGUGGAGCUUUUUUUUGCCCGGGAAACUUCUUUUGGCGUGCCAAAACAGUCUGCCAAUCUACGUACGUUCAUGGUUAUCGUGCUUUUCCUUCCAACGGAGGUACCUGCAUGUGUUGCCUGCUGGGUCUGAGACUGGGUACCACAUCGAGGUAGCAUGUUGUCUUUGGACAGUUAUCCCACCCGUAGCAGAUGACUACGAGUGCGUGUGUGUCCAAUGCUUCCUGGCGCCCUUGCAAGCCACGUGCGUUCUGGUUAAUUUUAAGGGAGGCUGUACAUGGAUGUGUCCCAGUGUGCUUGUCCAGCACAUUCUGCAAUAUUUCCUGCACAAUCCACUCCACACUGCGAGCACUGCUAGAUUACUUUGUAGACAUUUGUACUAUCAGAGAGAGAGAGGGGGGGAAAUAAAGGAGGCUUAAUUUAUGACCUUGUAAGCAAAUUUUCAUCAUGUGUCAACUAACUGAUGUACAUACACUCAGUAUUUUAAAGAGAUUUUUCUUUCAUAGAGAAUGUAAUUUAUGAUGUUGAAUUGUAUUUUGGUUUGAGAGAAACUGGAGAGAUCCCACUUUGUAAAUGUGUGUUUCCUUUUUAAAAAGCUGGGUUUGGUUUUGGACAACGAAAUUAAGGAUGAUGAGAGAAGAAGAAAAAUUAGAUGUGUGAGCGUCUCCUUUCCGGUGCACGUGCUCUUCAUCGAUGAUAAACGAGUGGAAUGCUCCUGUGCCAGCAAAUGGUGUGGCGUUGGACCGUAAUAAAUGCUACAAUGAGA